AUGUCCGGUCCCAUCGGGAAGGGGAACCGCCGUUCCCGCCAUCCCUUCGGGGAUACCAAACGUCGCGGCCCUCACGCCACGUGGCGUGCGGCCAUUGGGACAGGUUCGGUGGAGCGGAUGGAGGUGACGUGGCACGAUCUGAAGGCAGAUAUGCCGUCGAGGACACGACUGUCGGCAGCCGACAUACGUCAGCACGCCGUGAGGAAGAGGCCGGUGCAAGGCGCCGGGCCGUCGCAGCCUCCCAAGAGGCCCCGUGCGCCUCCGCCGAGCGAACCGACUGGGUCGGAGGCGGAGCCAAUGAUUGCACUGUCAGCGCCGACAGUGCUCGUCGAUGUCCCGUCCGAGGGACCGUCGGUCGAGGGCGCCGCUUCACCCGACAGACGGGCUGCCGAGUCUGCAGAUGGCGCGCCGACCGCUCAGCAGGCUUCGGAAGUUCGGGAGGAGGCCGAGCGACCGACGCACGCUGCCGCCGCACCGUCGGUCGAGACCCGGUUGGGGUCAAGCCUGCCGUCAAUCUCCGACACCAGGGCCUGGGCGUCUAGCCGAGGCAAAGCUCCCAUGGCGUCGGGUGACGAAGGCUUGUCCGUCACCCAGGCCGAUGCGGACAUCGCGAGGGCCGAGGCCGAGUCGGCGAAGGAGGCUCUGAGUCGGGCCGUUGAAGUCUUCCGGGACUCGGAGGAGUACCGAGAAGAACUUCUGGAGAGCGGCUACCUCUCAUAUCGGGUCGGCGAUUUGUUUGAUCAGCCUGAGGAGGAUGACAUGCACCAUGCCAUCAGUGCAACACCUGAAGAAGAGGAGGCGAUUGGACGACUGGAAGCUAUGGGAUUUGAUCAAGCACUUGCCAUUGAAGCAUUCUUGGCCUGUGACAGAAAUGAGCGGAUGGCAGCAAACUAUUUGUUGGAGCAUGCAGGUGAUGAAGAUUGA